GCCGAGACCGCGGCCCUGCCCCUCCCGCCCGGGGCCCCCGGGGCCGUGCGGGGCGGGAGCCUGGGAAACCCGCGCCCGGAUCAGCACCCCAAGGACUCCCGCCCCGGGGUCCACGUGGACCCUGGGCCGCGGAGAGACUGGGGCCGGUCCCCGCGCGUGGGGGAGGGGGCGUUGCAACCGGGUUCCCCUUUUUCUGCAGCUCAAAGCCUGGGGAAGUGAUUGCUCAAAGGGGGGGGCCGGAAGAACCCAGGUUUCCGCGUCUCCCGCCUCCCCCCCUCUGCCCGGUGGGGAGGGGCCGAGGCGGGACACCCGGUUUGCCCCCGCCCCCACCCGGUUGGAUCUGGCAGCCUCUCAACCCUGCGAGUCGCAGGGGAGGCGCUGCGCCCCCGGCCCGAGCCGAUCGGGGGCUCCUGGAGCCAGCCUCCCUCCGGAACGCGCGGGAGGACCUCCUGCCGUCUGACUUGAGUCCUGCUGCUGCAGUGCACGCCCCUUCGGCAGCCAGGGUGGGGCCCAGAGCGAACCUGGCCCCUCCCGCCCCCACCUCGCCUUUGGGUCGCUGAGGUGGGCCUGGGCAAGGGUCACCAAGGCCAGGAUGACCCGGCCUGCCUCGGAGGAGCCUGGCUGGGACUUUCCCACGAGUCCAGUGCCAGGGGCUGCAGACAGGAAGGGCACCGAGGAGGAUGAGACGAAGACCCCCAGGCUGUGGUGAGUGAGGGUCCUGGAGCAGGCACCACGGAGCCCUGGCGACCUCUUCCACCCACCCAUGCCCACCCCGCAUGAGGCUGAGAAGCAGCACAGAGGGCCGGAGGAGGCGGACCAGCCCCCCUCGAUGUCCAGUCAUGAGGCGGCCCCCCCGGCUCCCCCCAGGCGCAACCCCUGCUGCUUGUGCUGGUGCUGCUGUUGCAGCUGCUCCUGGAAUGAAGAGCGGCGGCGGGCAUGGCGGGCCUCGCGGGAGAGCAGGCCGCAGCCCCUCCCCAGCUGCGAGGUCUGUGCCACACCGAGCCCCGAAGAGGUGCAGAGCUGGGCACAGUCUUUCGACAAGCUGAUGCGCAGCCCGGCCGGCCGCGGCGCCUUCCGGGCCUUCCUGCGCACGGAGUACAGCGAGGAGAACAUGCUUUUCUGGCUGGCCUGCGAGGAGCUCAAGGCCGAGGCCGACCGGCACGCGGUGGACGAGAAGGCGCGGCUCAUCUACGAGGACUACGUGUCCAUCCUGUCCCCCAAGGAGGUGAGCCUGGACUCCCGGGUGCGGGAGGGGAUCAACAAGAAGAUGCAGGAGCCGUCGGCGCACACCUUCGACGACGCGCAGCUGCAGAUCUACACGCUCAUGCACCGGGACUCCUACCCACGCUUCCUCACCUCCCCUGCCUACCGCGCCCUGCUGCUCCAGGGGGGCUCCCCGUCCUCCACCGAGGCCUAGGCUGCCUCCCGGGCGCCUCCCGCAGGCACAGACUCCUUUCACCAGAGGGCCCAGCACCCGCAGGCAGGAGCUCGGGCGCAGGGCGGCUCAGAAGCCCCCCUCUCCACCCAGGGGACCUCGUGCCCCAAGGUCCUGCCGAGAGGCAGGUGGCAGGGCCUCUGCCCCGGCGGCCUCUCCCGCCCCAGCCCAGCCGUGGCCUGCCCGCUGCUCCUGCGGGGCUCCCCGCUGGGAGAGGAGCCGCCCUCCCUGGAAGCAGCGCAGGCCUCCCUGAGCCCUCUUCCCGGGCAGCUGGGGGCCCCGAGAAACGCCUCCGGUGGAAAAGAGACCCUCUGUGCUGUCUGCUCGCCGUGUGAGAAGACCUGCACCCGGUGCCCACUGCACCGGCAUCCGCCGGACCUCAGAGCCAGGCUCACGGCACAGGACCCGGUUUCUCUUUUAUAUGUUCCUUGAGUUUAAACCAGGAAACACGUCCUCACUGUGUGUUUUAUCAAAAGAGAAAACAUUUUCAUAUUUAACUCCACCCCAAAAUAGAACCUUAUGAUUGAAGAUA